AUGUUUUUGAUUGAUUUAGGCAAUCAUUCCACCAAGGUGAGUGAAAUCACAAAUGGAAAGUUAUCUUUUGAUAUCAAAAAUUCUACCACGAACAGAUUUCCGACAGUUUUCUCUGUAUUUAAAAAAGAAAUAAAAUUUUCAUCUUUGGCACUUGAUCCAACAUGCAGUAAUGAAUCAGAUACUUUCAGAAAUCUCAUUAGUAAUCUUGUUGAUCCUAAAUAUGAACAAGACGAAAAAAUACUUCUUGCAGCUUUCAUCAAGUCACUUAAUAAUUUCAUCAAUCCAGAAAACAAAAACAAAUUAGUAUUUGUUUGUCCCAAUUGGUGGAUUAAUGCUGGAAUUCUGACAAAAGUUCAAGCUGCAAUUAAUAUUGCAGAACUUGAUCAAAUUUCUAGUUUCGUUUAUUCAAGUGACAUGUUAUCAGAUUUAAUAAGCCAAACACAGGGUAUCAAUCAGUUUCGUAAAGUUUUUGUUUUUGAUUCUGGUGAUUACGUCACCCAAGCAUAUAAAUUUAAGAGAAGCCAUGGAAAAUAUAUACUAAAGAAGUAUAAAAGUAUAAAAGCUGGUGGAAAUAGAGUUACUAGCAGAAACAUUGAAAUUAUUUAUCAACACAUGAAAAAACCAGAACAAGCGGAAUUAAUUGAGAAAGUUGAAAAUAAAAAUGAUACCUCAGAUAAAACUAAAAGUUACAAACAAUGCAUUAUUAAUUCAGCUCAAAAAUGCAAAGAAACAAUGAUUCUCGGACAAAGAUCAAAGUUUAAUUGUGACCAAAUUCUUGAAUGCAAUUUAACUACAAUCUACAAGAACGACAAGAACGAAUACGAAAGAAUUAUCACUAAAUUGGAUGAUUUUGUUAAAAACUUCAUUGAUUCAGGUGAAACAAAAUUAAAUGAAGCAGAGCAAAGGGAUGCAAAAGAAGAAAUAGUUAAAAAACAAAGUGAUUCAACAAAAGAGAAAGACAAACAACAAAGUGAUUCAACAAAAGAGAAAGACAAACAACAAAGUGAUGCAAAAACAGAGAAAGACAAAAAGCAUAGUGAUGAGAAAGAAAAUGUUCCAACGGAAGGAAAAGGAAAACCAAAUAAACCAAUAGGAGAAAGUGUUCCAAACCAAAAUGGAGCAAAAAAAGAGAAAAAGACAAAACCUAGUGAAUCAAAUGAAGUUUCUAAACCAAAUGAUUCAUCAAAGAAAUCACGUUCUAGAGACAAUGCUUUAAUAAAACAUGGAAAUAAACAAAUCAUAUCUCCCAAUUCGCCACAUCAUAAUUCAAACCAAAGCAGAAGUAAAAAUCAGCCUCUUCCAAAUUUACCCGAAACACAGGAUUCAUUAUUGCAUGAGAAACAGAAAAUGGAAAUAUCACACAGCACGGAUUCAGACAUUAAAGAAGAAAUGAAAGGACAAUCCAAAAUAGAAAUGAACGAGAUGGAUUCAACAAAAAUAAAAACUGAAAUUUACAAAGUUGAUUUCAACAAACCUGUAAUUGCUUGCAUUGGAGGAAACUCAUUAUGCCCUAUAUUCACAGAUGUUUUCCACCAAAAUAAUUUCCAACUUAAUUACUUUGACGCCAAUAUCGCAUCCAUUCCUCAGUUCUAUGUGAAUGACCCAGGUUGCGAAGAUCUCAGAUCGCAAUUGAAUAAAAGUUGGGAAAGAAGCCAAAAAAUAAAAGAUAUUGAUAGAAAAAUUGAUCUUCUAUGCAGAAAGGCAUCAAAAAUUAAAAAGGAACUUGGAAUCGAUAUCGAUGAACUCAUUGAUGAUGAAAAAGUUGAUGAAAUAGAAAAGUUAAUCAUUGACGAACUUCAUAGAAGGAAAAUUUUCAAUCAAAUCAAAAACUAUAUCCCUUAUUAUGAUAAAUUCGUUUUUGAAAACCAAUCAAUCGAUAUUCAACCAGUCAAUGACUCAAUCAAACAAGAUAUCGAAAUACAAACUGAUGCAAAGGAACAAGAUGAUAAACAAGUUCAAACUGAUCGAGUGAUCAGUUUCAAAGGUAAACAGGGUUAUGAUGACAUUGAUUAUAAUGGUGCGAAUGAAAAUAUAUAA